ACACGACAAAGCAAACCAACGACGAGCCAGUUCUGUUUUUCGUAGCGAGCGAAUGCGUGUAUGGGGGCGGUUGUGUCUUGCAUUUUUCCCGAGGUGUAGCGAAUGAUCGUCGAAAAAAUGCGGUGCGGUAGGUGACAACGGACAAUAAUACGAACCGAGCGACUCUGACUCCACAUCAACCAUGUGCAAAGCCGGCAUGAAACGAAGAUCGCAGAAGGUGGAAAUUCUUCUGGACAUUCAAAGCGUGCGGAGUCCGGACGCCUGGGUACCCUGUAAUGGAGCCAUCUACCUCAGCAUCUGCCUGCUGGGACAGUACAUCCGCACCAAGGACAAGGCGCCCAUCUUCCCCAUCAACUUCAACGAAACGUUCGUCGUCGAAAAGGUGUUUGGUCACGUGUUCCGGCUGGCCGACCUGGACGAUAUGCUGGACGCCGAGGUGGUGUACCUGGAGCUGAUCCAGCGGCCACCGGCGGGACCGGACACCGUGCUGGCCUCGUUCGAGACGUCCGCCCGUGAGCUGCUGUUUCCGCGGGCGGCGGCAGCCGACCGGCCGGCACGGGCCCACGCCGACCUUGACCUCAUCAUGGAGCCGACGGCGCACUUCGUGGGCUCGGUGGCCCCACGUUUAGAGGUGGCCACAAAGACCACCGUCAGGGAGGUCCGUACCAGCCUGCCGCCGAGACUGGGUGGCCGCACCGGGACCGCCGCUGCUCGCGCCGCCACCGCCGGCCAAGCUGCCGCCGUAGCUGUGCCCAAGGUGUUGCGCGGCCGUCCGGCCGGCGACCGGCCGCCGUUCCGCUGGCGGCGCCCGGAGACGGCUCUGAUCGGCCGUGAGAUCGGCGACCCGCCGCCGCCGACGCGCCGCCGCCGCCGCAGCCGCAGCGACCCGCCGGCGGGCGCCGGCCGCGGCCGCCACUGUCACUGCUCGUGCUCCGGUCAGCCGGCGGCGGCGGCCCGGCCGGCGCGGAGCACCAGCAGUGCCGAGCGGGCCCCGCCGAGCUCCUCUGGCGGCCGGGCGGUCCGCUCCCGCUCCGUGGAGCCGCUGCCCGUCCAGGUGGACGAGGGAGCGCCGCCACGCGCCGGCUGGUGCGCGCACUGCCAGACCCACCACAUCAUCCACCACUGUUCGGUGUGCGAGGCGUACCAGCGGUACUUCGGACGCGGCUACCCGGGCCACUACCACCACGACUGCUGCGACUGCCGCUGUCCGGUGAGAUUAACUCCUCAUAUCGACAGAAGGCUACCCGGGACACUACCACCACGACUGCUGCGACUGCCGCUGUCCGGUGACUACUGACGGCGUGCGCCAUGUGUGCGGAAAGCCGCGGCCGGGCGGCAGCGACGGCACAGACUCCGAGGUCAUGUCUCAGGACAGCGGCCACCUGGCGCAGGAGUGGCAGGACAUUGUGCGCGCCUCGCCGCAGCAGCGCACUCAAAGACACCGGUUCUAUGACGAGCUCGAGGAUGUCUAUCGGAGAAUGUACGCCAGCGCCGCGCGCCGCGCCGUCAGGGGCCUCGUCAGCUGAGAACCGUCAGGAGUCUCAUCAGCUGAGAGCUGUCAGGGGACAGGGGUCUCACCAACUGAGAGCCGCUGAGGGUCCCAUCAGCUGAGAAGUGUGGGGAGGAACCUUAUCAACAGAGCGCGACGGGACGGGACAAGUGCAGCUGUGGACACGUCCCGAAUUACCGGGAAACCGACGACGGAACGGUGUCAGGCCCGGGGAGGAGUGUUGGUAGGACGAUGCUGACACGAUAGUUGUUGAAUAGGAUGGGCGAUGGUAGAUGUUGUUUUAGCGCUUGACGAAUCGAGAGAUUUUUCCGAGCAACGAAACGAAGUUUAUGUUGACAGAUUGUUGUCUGAUAUAUAGGCGAUUGGAUCGCUGAUCAGUGAUCACCUGCCGCAAUACCAAUCCUGCAAUGAUGUUUUUGUUACAAAGUUAUUUUUAUCAUAUAUAUAGAAACGCUAUUACUGAGAUUUUAGGGGUACAUUUCUGUCUGAAAACUGUACUAUGUAUUCGUUAAUGUCAAUAAAUAUGGUUGUGCGUCCGAACA